AUGGCCAGCACAGACCCACUCACCCCUCUGACGCAACCCGCCUGGGCCCACAACAUAUCAUCACUGCGCUUCCCGUACAGUAUCUAUGCCUACCUGAAAAAACCAUCUGCUGACGCUGUGACGACAUUAGGAAGAGCUCGACAAAACUCUGGUCCAACAACGAGAUCGCGGCAAUCGCCCGGUGCCAAUACUACUACCAACUGGUCAUGGGCAAAUCGCCAACCUCAAAUCGGGACAAGCCACGACAGCUUCAACCGCGGCUUCGUGCCUACACCAAUCGGCUCGGUGCUAUGA